AUGCAGACCAAGUACCUCACUAUCCUCGGCGCUACCGCUGCAGCUGCUGCAAGCGUCUCUACUCGUGAUGUCAAGCACGUCGACGUCGUCCACAUCUUCCAGACUCUUCACGUCACCAACCAAGUCCCCAACUUCACCCCCAACAAGCGCAGCAUCAAUGCUCUCUUUGCUCGCGACUCGGAUGAUGAAUGCCAAAGCUCAGCUUCUUCCAUGCUACGAGUCUUUCCCACCCCAACAGGCAGUCUCAGAAACUAUGUCCAAACUGCUGAGGCCCAAAGCGAAUCCUGCACUCUGGAGGUCCCUGCUUCUGUCUCGUCUGACUUGAUGAGCUACUACACUGCCUUGGCCGAGUGGUGGGAGGACAACAGCGACGGUUUGGUCAAGUUCGUCGAGAAGUGCGCCAGCCAGGAUGACCUUGAUGAGCUCAACAAGGAGCUUGGCGACUCAGAAUGCUCUGGCCUCGGCACUGUCGUUUUCACUGCUGCUAGCACUACAAAGACUGUCGAUAUGAACACUGCACUCCCCAACUAUACUCCCGCCGCUCUGCCCACUACCGUCAACGACGCCGGUAUCGCUCGUGGUAUUAGCAAGUUGGCUGCUGCCGCCGCUGCAGGUGUCGCUGGCUUCAUGAUUGCUGCUUGA